AAGGAGCACAGUUAUCACAGAAGAAAAUUGUUUGUACUGCUUCGUGUUUCUUGGAUCGUCUUGUCCAUGGAGACAGUUUACCGGUAUUUCCCAUCUGAUAAUUAUACCAUUGGCCACUCUGCUGUAUAAUACGAACCCUAUUUAAUUGAAGUACAGCGGUUCUAGUCGAAUAUUUUAGUGGCAAAGGGAAAGUUUUUAAAUCUCAAGAACGUCUUUCUUCGCGCCUUCGGUUCGGCCCCGGUUCCGAUGAAGAAGUGAAGUGGUAGCUAAACAUUUCGUAGGACGUCAUAAUGGCUGUUUCUUUCUAGCGUGGCCAUGUAUUCGAUUGAUAUGGACACCGACGGUGCCGGUAAACUUCCCCAGAGCUCGCAAGCUUCGGCUGGUGAGUCUGGCAACAAGUUUACAAUCCCUGGCAUUCUACAUUUCAUACAGCACGAGUGGGCUAGAUUUGAAAUGGAGAGGGCUCAUUGGGAAGUUGAGCGGGCUGAACUGCAGGCCCGUAUAGCCUUUCUACAGGGAGAAAGAAAAGGACAAGAAAAUCUCAAACAUGAUUUAAUACGACGGAUUAAAAUGUUGGAAUAUGCUUUGAAGCAAGAAAGAGCCAAAUAUCAUAGACUAAAAUAUGGUACAGACAUUGGUGGACAAGAUAAACCAUUAAAAGAUCAAGAACAAGCCAAUCAAGAAGCACCACCCAAUGAUGUCAUUACAAAUAAUGGUAGUAAUCGGCCGAAUAUGAACUGGCGGCAAGGAAGGCAGUUGCUUAGACAAUACUUACAAGAAGUUGGAUACACAGACACUAUAUUAGAUGUGCGUUCGUCAAGAGUGAGAUCAAUUUUAGGGCUUUCUGCACCUCCACCUGAAGUUCCACAAGUGAACGGAACUCCUGAAAGACAAUUGGAGGAUGACAGCAAAUUUGAAGAUGAACUUGAGACACAACACCCUAGACAAAUUCAUAUACGACAGCCUGUUCACGGAGGACAUGAAAUAGUCAACCCUACUCCUGUUAGAAGAGCCCCAACUCAGCYUCCAAGCACUCAAGUUGGGAAAAAAGCUGCAGAAGAAGAGAUUCAAUCAGAAGCUGAUGUGAUGGCAGAGUUUAAUUUCCUCAAUGUUAAUGAAGAAUGUGAUGAUGAUGAUGAUGAUAUGGAUGAUGGUGGCAGUGCUGAUGAUGAGUCAGAUGAACGUGAAGAAUUUUGUAAUGAAAGGCGGAUCAUAAAAAAGCCAAAAACCGAUGAAGUAGAUGAUAUGUUAGGAGAUGACGAUGGCGCAGAUGCUCAAGAUGAAUUUGAUUUUGUUCGUGGUGGUGAUUCAGACAGUGAUACUACCGUGAUUGAAGUAUUACCUAAUGAUAUCAAUGAAGUAAAUAUACAUAUGCCAGAUGAUAAUGAAGUCUUGGAACAUACAAGGACAUUAGAGGAAGGAUCAAAGGAUGAAUGGGGAGUUGAUCAAAAUUUGCUAGCCAAGCUAAAACAAUACAAAUCAGAAAAGGAAAAGGAGAAAGAAAAGAAAACAAAAAUAAGUCAAAAAAGGCCACCUAAACUAGCUCUCCAAGCUAUGCUGGCUAAUUUAAGCGGGGAAGAAGAAGUUUCACCUCCAAGUUCAUCAAGCCACGCUGUUACUGGACCUUCCCCAGUCAGAUUAAGUGGAUCUCGAUCUAUUUCAGAGGUACCUCCCCCAAUAGGUAGCGUCUCAGUAUCCCCUAAAGGAUCUCCAAGCAAAGGACAAGGUGCUCAAAGUUCACCCCCAGCUGAUGAACCAUUUGAAAAACCACUAGGGCUUGGUGAACUUGCCGAUCUUACUGUUACUAAUGAAGCUGAACCUCUUUCGUAUGAGAUCUCAAACAAGGAGGAAUUCCGAAAAACUUGGAACCCUAAAUAUACCCUGAGAAGUCAUUUUGACAGUAUUCGAGCAGUUCAUUUCCAUCCGCAAGAGCCAGCUUUAAUAACGGCAUCAGAAGACCACACUAUGAAGUUGUGGAAUUUACAAAAAACUGUUCCACAAAAAAAGAGUAAUGUACUGGAUGUGGAACCAAUCUACACUUUCCGAGGACACACGAAUGCUGUGCUGUCUGUUGUUAUCAGCUCUACUAGUGACAUGUGUUUCAGUGGUGGUGCUGACUCGGCCAUAUUUUGUUGGAAUAUUCCUUCUUUAGACCUUGACCCUUAUGGCCCUUACAGUGCUAAUGUAAAAAGGAAUUUAUUAGAGGGACAUACUGAUGCUGUGUGGGGUUUAGCUGUACAAACCAACUCAUUGCAACUCCUCUCAUGCUCAUCUGAUGGUACCUGUAAACUAUGGAACCCAACUUUAAAAUCUCCUUUACUAAACACUUUCUUAUUAGACAAAGAAAACAAUGCAGUUCCAACAUCAGUAGAUUUUCUACGCAUGGAAUCAUCCCAAAUGGUAGCAUCAUAUUCCAAUGCCUGCUGUGCUGUUUUUGAUCUUGAAACAGCUUCUCCUGUUUUACAACUAGAUAGUGCUAAAAGCUUUAGUACAGCUGUAGCAUCCCAAAUUAAUCAAGUAGUCAGCCAUCCAACAUUACCUGUCACUAUAACAGCGCACGAAGAUAGACAUAUCAGAUUUUUUGAUAAUAAUUCAGGAAAACAAAUCCAUUCAAUGGUAGCUCACUUGGACUCUGUAACUAGUCUAGCAGUAGACCCUAAUGGCCUCUACCUUCUGUCAGGGAGCCAUGAUUGCUCUAUACGACUGUGGAAUCUUGAUACGAAAACAUGUGUCCAGGAAAUCACUUCCCAUAGAAAGAAGUUUGAUGAAUCCAUAUACGACGUGGCAUUCCACCCAACCAAGCCUUAUAUAGCUAGUGCUGGGGCUGAUGGACUAGCAAAGGUCUUUGUGUAACCAUAACAACUGUAGUUAUGGGAACAAAAUGCAAUAUAGYACUUGUGGAAACUCACAAGAAAUGUCAAGAUGUAAAGUACUGUUUCUAUUAAAGCUUUUAGAGGAGACAUAGGGACAAGCUGUGUACAUACAUGGACAAGCAUUUUUCAACAAGGGAUAGUAGAGUUUGAAAUGGAGUGAAAUUUAAAGAAGAAGUUGUAUCUUAAAUAUGUAGACUUUUUGUCAAACUUUUACUGGUUAACAGUGCGAAAAUACAAAGACACUGUUCAGCUACAUGAUUUUUGUUAAAGAUAAAACAGAUUACUUAGCAAGAUGAUGAAGACACAUCAGAUUUGGAAAUUACCUUGAAGUCAUCUGAAUAUUUUCCAAAAAUCUAUUGUAUAGAAUUAGGAUUGAGUGUACGAUGUUUGCAAGGAAGUAUAUUCUCUAUACAGUGUUAAUGAUAUUAGGCAAUUGCUCUCAAAUUCAAAACUUUAGAAAAACACUCAAGCAAUUUUGUCAGUAAUAGUGUGAAAGGUAUUUUGAGGUCAAUAAUAUUGUCAUUCAGCACUUCAUUAAAGAUGAAGAUUAUAAUUUCA